AUGAAGAUUACUAUUCAUUGGGGUAGAGUUUUUGGUCUUUUUAUUGCAAUUAUAGUUGUUUUUAUUGCUAUUAUAUGUUUUAAAUUAAUAAAUAAAUCAAAUCAAUUUAAUGAUGAAGAUAUUGGUCAAUGUGAUAUGCAUGAAGCACAAAAGAUUAUUGAUAAUCUUUGUGAAUUAUAUUCCCUUAGUCAAGUAACUGGUUCUCAUUGUUCAUCAUUAUGUAAUAUAAAUUCAACAUUAACAUUAGCUCAAUGUUUAUCAUUAUCUCAAUCAAAAAUAGUAUUACUUAUGUCAACAAAUACAUCAUCAUAUAUUGUAUUAAAAUCUAGACGUCGUUAUUUUGAUAAACAUCCUACAGAUUUAUUAUUUCAUGAACCAAUUGUAUCAAUACCAUCAGCUCUCUUAACAUUUUAUGGUAUAAUUAAUUCAACAUUAGAUGGACAUUUGGGUAUUUCAAUAGAUGAUUUAAAAAAAGAAGAUUUAAUACGUCGUUUAUUUCGUUAUGAUCAUAUUGAAAAUUCAAUGAUUUUAUUAGAUAAAUUUGAAGAUGUAAUUAUUAAAUAUAAUGAUUAUUAUGAACACAAUCUUGCAUUAUCAUUAACAACAGAACUUAAUACACUUUAUUCAUUAAUAACACAACAUGAAUUUUUACUUUCACAUUAUUAUCGUUCAAAACAUGAAUUAAUGCCUAAAAUUAUUGGUUGGUGUGGUCAUAUAUAUUUAACAGAACAUUUAACACCACUUAAUCAUCCAAUGAUUGAAGAACAAUUAAAUUCUCAAACAUGGAUACCUAAAGCUUGGUUAGCUAAUCGUUUACUUCAACUUAUUGAUAGUUUUGAUAAUGAACUUCAUGCUCCACUUCAUUUAUGUGAUCUUCAAUUAUCUAAUUUUGGUAUAAAUGAAAAUGGUAAUGUUAAAUUACUUGAUUUAGAUAUGGCUUAUUUUGAUCGUUUAAUUCCAUUAGAUCCUGCAGCAAGAUGUCGUAAACAUUCUGAUUGUUCAUUUUUUGAUUGUUCAGGUUAUUGUGAUAAACGUAAACAUCGAUGUCAUGUUAAUCGUCGUAUAAAUAAUAAUUUACAAGUUUUAUGUGAAAAAAUUCUUUUAAAUUUAUUAAAAUCUAAUACAAUUCCAUUACGUUUACAUGAUGUACUUUUAUCUUAUGUUAAACAAUGUUCAUCACCAUUAGGUCGUUAUAAACGAUCGAAAGAAUUAAAAGUUGGUGCACCAUCACGUUUUCUUCGUUUAAUGCAAGUUAUGCUUAUUGGUGAAUUAAGAUCUGCUAAUAUAACUUCAUAUUUAUUUUAA